AUGGCACCGGUAGAAACAAGCAUAAAAAGCUCUCUGCACAGUCGCAGCAACAGCUUGCCCAAUGCACCACACCCCAUUUUAUCACAAGUUGAGGUGCAUUUGCACAGAUUGAAGAAGGAUCCUGAAGCCACCACUUCAUUGUCAUCAUCAUCAUCUUCAAUAAGUCACAGACUCAAUGACUUGCAGGAUCUGCAAGAAAGUGCUGAUAAGUUGCUCCAAUUGACAAUCUCCCAACAAGGGUUGGCACAAGAAUGCAGAAGCAAACAGAUUGAUGAACUAUUAGAUAGGUCUCUGAGGCUCUUGGAUAUUUGUAGUACAAUUAAAGAUUGCCUGCUGCAAUCAAAGGAUAGCAUGCACGAACUUGGGUCAGUUAUUCGCAGGAAGAGAGAUGCUGAAACUGGAUUCACAACUGAGGGUGGCAAAUACCUGGCAUGUAGGAAGAAGAUGAAAAGGGCAAUUGCGAAGGCCUUGAGAGACUUGAAGGCAAUACAAAAUAAGUUCACAGUUUCUUCCUCAAACAAAGACGAGGAGACUUCUUCCAUGCUUAGCUUCUUAAAAGAAGCAGAAAUGGUCACUAUGAGCUCAUUCGAGUCUUUGUUGAUUUUUAUUAUUGGCCCCAAAGGUCAGUUAAAGCAGAGCAGGUGGUCGGUAAUAUCCAAGCUGGUGCAGCCAAAGCGAAUAUCAUGUGAUUCUGAAGUGUCAGACACUAAUAAAUUCAAAAUGGUUGACAAAGUGCUGAAGCUUCUCAUCGGUUCAAAGCCUUCAUCUACUGAGAAUUUCCAAAGCCAUGUUCAAAAUUUAGAGUUGUGCAUCCAAGAUAUUGAAGUUGGAGUCGAACGCCUCUCAAGACAACUAAUUAGAACCAGAGUGACUCAACAUUUUGAGCCACUAGUCAACCGAACUAUGUUUCUAACCCUUCUCAUACUUGUACAUAAAUGUGAUUAA